AUGCUAGGCGCCUCAUUGGCUGCUAACAAGGCCAAGAUCAUCUGUCAGCAGUGUCUAGCUCCGGGCCACUGGACGUACGAGUGCAAGAACGGAAGCACCUACCAGGUCCGCGCCAGCGCUUCGCGACAGCUCAAGCAGAAACGCUUCAAGCAGGCCUUCCUUGAAGAAGAGGCGCCGGAGGUGCCCUUCAACGCCUUCCUGGGCUUGGCCCUCGGUGCUUUCUUUUUGAAAGAGGGGUUUGGUGUUGAAAUGGUAGCGUCCGAGCAUUGCAGCAUACUUAAAUUAUAG